AUGGAGCUUGCUGCAGCGCAGAUUGUGCCGGGCAACACAUUGACCGCCGUGAUUUCAGAAGAUGCUCUCGAAGAGGGACAUCCUGAAGCACAGGCUCCUGCCCAACCUGCAGACCCCUCCAUGCCUGAGGACGGCGUCGAAAUCAAGGACUUCCCGCACGGCAUUCGCCUGAUGGCGCAGCAGGCCAUUUUCGAGGGCUUCGAUCCACAAAUCGAGGUUCUUGAGAACUGGAGCGACUUGAAGGAAGUCUCAGCUCUGGAAGAGGUGCUGCCUGCUGGCCACGUGCCCCUGGCUCGACUCCUCCGGCUCACUCCGGAAGAUCGAACUUUCCCUGCACCCGUGAAGGUCCAGGUGCCAGCGUGUGCUGGCGCAGACACUGUCUGGAGAUCCACUCCAGCUGGCUGGGAGAAGCUGGACACAGUCACUUUCGACGACGGUCGCGCAACGGUGGCGCUGGGCCACUUUUGUGACCUAGUCAUCACUGGAAAGUGCAUUCCGCUGAAAUGCAUUGGUUUUCUCCAUCCACACGGCGAGAACGCCCAGAUUGUGAUAAUGCACAUUGGCUGCGAGUUCUGCCAAAGCGGGUUGGAGUUGCUUUGCUCGGAUGAAGAUGUUUUGCAACCCCUGCGCAAGUGCGGGCCCAGUCUGCAACUGGGAACGUUUCAGCACAACGAAGAGUUGGAAAUCCAUCAGACUGGCCGAACAUCGAAAAUCAAGAUGAGGUUUGACAAAAUGCCACUGUCGCGAAGACUCGAUGCCCAGUCGGGGCUACAGUUUGAUGUGGAGAUCGAUGGAGAGAACCACGUCUUCAAAGCUCCGCUUGUUCCGGGUCCAGCAACUCCUGCACAGCCUGCUCCUCAUCCUUCUGGGCACCCAGCUGGAUCUGCACCACAGGUGCCCGCAGGUGCAGGUGCUGUCGGAUCUUCCGCGGUGCCGAACCCACAGGUGGCAUCGACGGUUCCAGGGCAUUUGAUGCUCAGUGGACGCUUCAACAAUGCUGCGAUUGUCGCGUACAUGAAGGAAGUGAAAAAAAGUCAGCUGGAGACCAGAAAUGUCCCAGUGUUCAUGGUCGAUGCGUCAACUGGCCAAGAUUUUGGGCAAAUGACAUGCGAAGGAUUGUGCCGUGCCAAAGGCAUGGUAGCUUUCUGCACAUCGGAGUACGGUGCGUAUACUGGUGUGGGCUAUGAAACGUUCUAUGAACUCGAGUUCGCUCACCAGAAUCAGUUACCCUUGUUUCCCAUCAAGCUCUGCGACCAGUGGCCACCAGCACCACAGAACAACGAACGAGGCACUUGCCAAAAUAGAUUUGUGUUCAAGAAAAGCCUCGCAUUCGCAGAAGAUCUGCAGAUGACCAACGCCAGAGGCGUUGCUGAUAAGAUUGCUGAAUCUGUUGCACGCAUGGGCAUCUUCCGAAAUUAG